AUGACGCGGUGCCACCGGCAGCAGCCAUUUGUUCUACACCCAGUUGAUACUAUUCUCUUUUUGCCACAAUUCACACGCCACGCCUUCCCUUAAACGCGCUCUCAACGCGACAAGUUUUCUUCCCUCUCGCACGCCUGUGCAGCUGCCCUUAUAAAUUGAUUGCUGUGCAUUAUGAUAUGACUUAGUAUCUGCUGAAUUACUUAUAAUUUUUCUUUCGAUAAGCUUAAUUGUCAAACAGGGAGAGAUAUUUUCUCGAAUCGGUAUGGAUGGGGUUCAUGUAUUUUCCAAUCCCUCAGGUCGCAAGUCCCUCUACCCAGACAUAGAUAUUCCUUUUGAAUCUCAAGAUAAGCCCUCUUCUUCUGUUUCUCUCUAUCCCCAGGUGCACAUGGAUGACAUCAUAGAAAUUCCAACGCAGAGCAAUGCUUCAGAAGACAAGAUUGGGAGUAAUGGAAGGGAGGAAAUUGUGAUGAGAAUUCCGGGAGCUGUUGUCCAUUUGAUAGAUAAGCAGGAGACCGUGGAAUUGGCUAGUGGGGAGUUCAUACUGGUGAGAUUAAUUCAGGGGGGCAACGCCAUUGCAAUGUUUGCGAGGGUGGAGGAUCAGAUCCAGUGGCCCUUAGCCAAAGAUGAAGCAGCCGUUAGGGUUGAUCACUGCCAUUAUUUCUUUUCCCUUCGCCUGCCCAAAGAGGCAUAUGACAGUGAUGAUGACGCUCAAACGACGGAGAAUGUUCUCAACUAUGGCUUAACAUUUGCAGGCGAAGGGCAGGAGCGUGCUCUGCAAGAGCUGGACAAGCACCUGGAGCACUGUAGCCUUUUUUCAGUGCAGAAUGUUUCUGAAAGUUUGAGAGUUUUCGGUGAGAAGGGAAGUGGAAAUGGAAGGGAAAGUGGGCCUUCUGAGGCGAGAGCGACAAGGGAAAAAUGUGCGGCUUAUUGGAUAACGCUGGCACCUAAUGUGGAGGAUUAUAGUGGACUUGUGCCUAGGGGGAUUGCUGCAGCUUCAGGUCACAUUGUCAAGGGUAUUUUGUGGUGCGGAGAUGUCACUAUUGAUCAACUGACAUGGGGACAUCAAUAUCUGCAGAACAGGCUUCAACCCAAUCAAAACCCUACUGAUAUUUCUCCCGAAGCAAUGAAACGGACAAGAAGAGCGAAACGGGUUUCAAAAAUGUCAGAGAAGGUGGCAGUGGGUGUUCUGUCUGGAGUCGUGAAAGUGGCAGGAUUUGUAACACAAUCUGUUGUAAAUUCAUCGGCAGGCAAAAAGUUCUUUAGCCUUCUGCCCGGGGAGAUAGUUCUUGCUUCACUUGAUGCCUUUGGUAAAGUUUGUGAUGCAGUUGAAGUUGCUGGAAAGAACGUGUUGACAACUUCCUCGGUUGUCACAACAGGGCUCGUAAAUCACAAGUAUGGAGAGCAGGCUGCUGAGCUAACGAAUGAAAGCCUUGGAGCUGCAGGCCAUGUGAUCUCUACAGCUUGGACCAUCUCUAAACUCAGGAAUGCUCUAAAUCCAAAGAAUUCACUUAAGCCUGCAACUAUUGCAAAGUCUGCUGCAAAAGCAAUGAAAGCUGCUAAAGAGGAAAAACAGUCCAAAUAAACUAAAGAGACCGAAGUCCUUUAUUGUGUGAUUUAUGGUCAAACUUGCACUGGAAAAAGGAAACCAUGUAACAGGACUUGUAGCAAAAAUAUUUUAAACGUAUUGCCUACCCUAUUUUCAAACUUGUUUAAUUUUCGUUUUCUUUGUAACGGACCAAAAGUUACUGUCAAACAUGCACCUGUGAAGAAAAUUGUGCUGGAUAAGGGAUGUCGUCUUAUAUUUCCUCAGAAAACUUUAUUCGUAGAAGAUAUGCAGAACAGUAUUUGAAGUUUCAGAGCAGAACAUUUCAGCUGGAAGGAAUAUUUUAGGAACCCACAUGAUAAGUGAUGUAAUAUCAAUAUCUUGUACGUUACCAAAUUGUAACAUUCAUUCUUCGCCAGGCUCCUGCCGUCUGCCUCAGACUAGCCGAGGGGAAAUAUGGGUUUAUUGAAACAGGAUCUCUUUUUAUAAUUGUAAGAGAUAUAAUAUCAAUAAGUGAGUAAUUUUAUCUUGCUUCACAACAAGACGUAACACUUUUGUAUCGGAUCAGCUAAAAAUACACAUGAAAUCUGUAAAGGUAAAGGUAUUUGGGUAUGGAACUGAAUUGAAAGCAUGGAUGGUUGAUAACUUGAUAAAUAGGAUAUUGGGUUGAGAGAUUAAGAUGAUGUCAGCUCAUGUACGAGCAAUAUGUAUCGUAGCCUGCGCGUAAUCUGUUCUGUAUAGAAAAAGGGCUACUUUCUUUUUCGAUCUUUAGUUCAUCGACUAACGAAAGUUAUCCCUUGUUUCGGGUUUUUGAUUUAUUUUGUCUGCUCCAACUUUGUAUUUUCUCAUGCUUUUUCAUAUGAUAGAGAGCUGAAUGAAAUUCUAUUUUGUGUUGC